AUGACGAAGCUGCUGGUGGCCGGAGAAUCACCAUCCGACGAGCUGCGACAGUAUGCAUAUCUGAGCUGGGAUCGCAAGAUGUCUUGGCCCUUUCGCGCGUUUUCUUACCGCCUAGGGCAACGGUUACGCGACGAUGGCAAGAGUCGCCUGAUGUUUGGAAUCGAGCUUGCUUCAGGAGCCUCGGCCUCGGUGGAUUACGGCAGCGUAUCAGUACAGUACGCAGAUGCCUUGAGCUGUUGCUGGCGCCGGAGCGAAUGGGAAUGCUGCGAGGAAGCUUGCCAUUGA